CAAUGCAUAAGGCUCGCGUAUACGUGCACCUUCCCACACGUCCGCGUUUUGCAUCUGGGCCAUCUAAUCGGGAGAAUCAGUCUGCUUCACACCGUCGAGUUUCGUGGUCGCACGCGAGAGGGCCGGCCCGAGCGGUUCGCGCGUCUAUAAAAUAGGAAGCGUGCGGGGGGCGGGCAGCGCAUCAGUCGCCGCCCGUCUCUUCUGGCCGGACCUCAGAGCGCAGCUAUGUCUCAAGUAGCGAACCAACCCAAGCCCUUCACCAUGACCACCAUGACCAGCCUGAACAACCGGUGGAGCUCGGACAUCUGCGACUGCUUCGACGACCUGCCCCAGUGCUGUUUCGCCUUCUGGUGCCUUCCGUGCUUCACGUGUAAAACAUCGCACGACGCCGGCGAGUGCCUUUGUUUGCCGUUGCUGGACGCCUUUGGGGUCAUCCCGCCCGUGACUACCGCUCUCAGGGUGUCCGUACGCCAGCGCUAUGGCAUACAGGAUACAGUUUGCCACGACUGUGUGUACGCUUGCUGCUGCGGACCUUGCACCUGGUGCCAAAUAGCCCGAGAAAUCCAAGCCAGAAAAAAUCCCAUCACCUUCGUCAACAUGGCGUCCUGAAAAAAUGCCUGACGUCCUUCACCCUCGCGUCAUCUCUGAAGCGCAGAAUACAUUGUGGGACUUUGUGUCUUGUUUAGACUGCAAUCUGAUCUGGCCCGAGUUCGUCGCCGCUUUUGGAAUGUCGCAGAGCAGCUGAUUAAACCUCAGGACAUCCGUCACAUCACGUAAGAACGUCGCAGAGCUGUCCGAUGUGACGGCACGAUAACCGAGUUUUCCAAAAAGAUUCCUCCGAAACUUCCCCUCCUGUAUGUAUAUUGUUAUGGUGACGAACAAAACAACAACAAGUGGAUUGAAAAAAAGCAUGUUUUUGAAAGGUUCCAAUUCCAAUGAAUGGCAUUAUUUCUUUUUUUCUUUCUUUGUUCUUAUUGGAGUCUUGUUGAAGUAAGCCCUGGAAGCAUUAACCCCAAGUAAAACAUUCGCGUCGAC